CCGCAGACCAGGACGACUCUAACGAAAUCUAGGUCACAAGGUACAGGUGCAUUUACGAAAGUAGACAGGAACGACGGAGCGAGCAGGUUAAGUAAAUAUGCCGAGAACAUAUGUAGACAAUGCAUCCAACCGAAGUAUUGGAAGGGUCGGAAUGCCAGUCGGGAGCAUGCCUGUUUCAGGGAGGUCAUCCGGGUCUUCCGCUAGUGGUGGCGGAGCAGGUUUCGGAGGAUCCAGUUCCGGGGGAUCAAGCUAUGGAGGAUCAUCAAAAAAUACCUACGUAGACAAUGCGUACAACCGAAGCGUUGGAAGAGUGGGAAUGGAUCAUGGAACAGCGGUGAUGUCAAGACCCUCCUCCUCUUCAACAUCGCAAAGCUCUUCUCCUAGGACAUACGUGGAUAAUGCCCAAAACAGGAGAGAAGGUAGGGUGGGAAUGGAGCAUGGAACAGCGGUGAUUUCAAGACCCUACUCCUCUUCAACAUCGCAAAGUUAUUCCUCAAAAACAUACGUGGAUAAUGCCCAAAACAGGAGAGAAGGUAGAGUUGGAAUGGAGCACGGAACAGCGGUGAUUUCAAAGAGUUCUUCACAGUCACCUGGUGCUAGAGUAUAUGUUGAUACCCCCUUUAACCGGCGCUUGGGGCGUGUUGGCAUGCCGCUCGGAUCUAUGUCUGUGUCACGUUCAUCAGGAAGGUCCGGAUCUAAGAUGGGACCACCAAUCAACCGGAAAGAAAGCAGCAUGACACGUUGGGUUAGAGACUUGACAGAUAGAUAUUAUGAGCGACCAGAAGAAGAUAUGGACCUAGGACAUAUACAAGAAGACUAUUUGUACGCCGAGGAAGUUAGUGAGCAGGCAGCGGACCUCAUCAACCGUAUGGAACAGGUCCGGUUAUGCCAACAAGAAUCACAAAAGAGCAAAGAACCUUUGACGUCAUUUGAUCUUCUGAAAAGUUAUCGUGGUGAAAAAAUCGAAUUUGAUGAGCUGGAUAUGAGAAAAAAGAUUGGCCAUGGAGGAUUCGGAGAUAUCUAUUGCGCUAAAUGGAAGGGUACUGUAGUGGCUGUUAAGAAACUGCGGGUCCAGAGAGUAUCGAAAAAACGAUUACAAGAGUUUACUUCGGAAGUGCAAGUCUUCUGUGCACUCGACCAUCCUAAUAUCGUCAAGUUCAUUGGCGCCUGUUGUGUGACCCCGAACAUCGCUAUCGUUAUGGAGUUCAUGGAAAGCUGUCUGUUCCAAAUACUUCACAUGUCUGCAGAUUCGGAUGCCACCCUUACAGAAGACAACAAGCUGAGCAUCAUUAUUCAGAUAUCCCGUGGACUAGCAUACUUGCACGAGAAAAACAUCGCUCAUUGUGACAUCAAGUCCCAGAACGUCUUGAUGGAUUCCAGGGAGGGUGGUUACGUGGCGAAGAUUACUGACUUCGGGCUUAGCAUGAUGAGAAAUAGUUCCGAUACGUCGUCAACAGCGCAUGAUCAGGUGCGGAACAUCGGAACUCCUCGUUAUUCUGCCCCUGAAGUACUGCGCGGGGAACUGUUAGACCGCAAGGCUAUGAUGAGAGCCGAUGUUUACUCUCUUGGUCUUUUGGUGUUUGAGAUCAUCUCCGAAGAUGAACCAUUUGAUUCCCUAAAUGCCAAACAAAUAGAACGUUAUGUAGGAAAUGGAGAGAAAAUACCUGUGUUUGGAUCUGACAUAGAUGAAAAUGUAGAGGAAAACGUCAAAACAUGUUGGAGCCGGGAUCCGUCCCGGCGACCUUCUGCACCAAGUUUUCGUGAUUCUGUUGAAAGGUGGGAGUCUCUCUUCAUGUGACACUAAGAUGACAUUUACUCACAAUUAAAAGAAUAAUGUGAGAGGCGAACGCCGUCAGGAGUUUACUAUCACCUUUCCUUAAUGCUUUAUGCUAACCAAGUGUGUUUUUGUUGUGGCUGAAGCAUAUUCUGGUGUCAAUUGUUAUGCGAUGCUAUAUACACGACGGUGGUUCAAUAACUAUUGUCAUUUAGACCGGGCUGCUAUGAUAAGAAAAGAUGUUUACUCUCUUGGUCUUGCGGUGUUCGCGAUCAUCUAGGAAGAUGAACCAUUUGAUUCCCUAAAUGUUAAUCUCGUCAGAGCACUUCUAGAGGCAAAUCGUUUCCAUGAAAGCUUUUUGUUUUAAGUUAAAGAAUCACAAAAAGACACAGGGACUUGGAGCUGGAACACUGGGUGAAUCUUCAAAAAUGUCUAUACAAUAUUGCUUUUUUGAGAUGAACUAUUGUCGUGAACUAGUUUGACGCAAUUUAACUCUUACCCUUGUUAGGCUUCAGUACUUUGUCUCUAUAAAACUCGGCAGUGAUAGUUCCCCGGACUUCCAAGGUAUCGGAACCACAGACCCACUAGAAUUGAAAACCAAACGGAAUAUAAAACUUACUUUGCGCUUGUAAUAUGUCAUGCAAUCACUGGAAUUUUCUUGAUUUCUCGAAAACCAUUGCUUGUUAUUAAUGUGCCUUUGGGAUUCAAAGUAAUAGACCAAGGUCGUUUCCCCUAUAAUAAUCUCAGCUAGCUUUCUUGAGUCGCAAUCUCCGAAAUUUGUCAAUAUUUUUUGUUUAGUGUAACUUAGUAUCGGAAACUGUAUAUAUGUUUUGAUAACAGCACAUUUUAAACGUUUGGCCUUUUAUUCAGAUGUCAGCAAAUCAGGGAUCCAUCAGGCACAAAGCUUCCCUCAAUUCCAGCACUUGGUCAGAAUACAAUGUGCACUGCCUUCUGAAAGUCUGACAAUAUGUCUUGAGCUAUUUCAGAAACAGUAAAAUCAUCCUUAAGUAUUGCUUUCACAGGCAGCAAUGUUCUUCUUUGAUGCUGCAACAACUGACCUAUCUGGCCGUGUCCUUUUAAAUGUCAACUUUACCAUUCUUGAUUUUUUUCAUUCACCUAAAAACAGUUCUCAAAGUUAGGGUAGAGGUAUUUAUUUUUGCAUGUAUUUGUGUUGGCGGUAUCUUUGAAGCAUCGUGUGCUUUGAUAUUGGAGUGAACUUCAGAUUAAGUCUCAACCUUCAUUUAAGCAUUGAAACGUAGCCACUUGUUUAUACCGUUCAGCAAUGAAUAACUUGAUCAGUUCUUGUCUGAUCAUGUGGAAAUAUCUCACUGUUCUGUGCAGUCUGCCAAUGCGCUAAACUCUUUUAAUUGCCAUAAUAUUGGAUCCGUCUGUUUAAAAUUCGGUCAAAUAUUUCUUUUUCUCAAAGGUUUUACAACCUCGUAAAUAUUCUGAGUUGUGUAAGAGAGCGUGUAUCCCAUGAGUUGGUGAAAACCAAUUAUCAUUCACCGCAAAAGUAUUCAGUUGUAAUAUCAGUGUGGUUUGCUAUUCUUUGCGUUGUUUAAAUGAAGGGGAAGAAACUCCUUCUAUUCUUGCAUUGUAACAGAACCCGAUCCAUUGGUUUCCCUCAGUGUCAAGGCCUCAAUUACAUCUGCAUUGUAUUAUAAUUGCGUAUUUUAAUAUUAACUUUAUGGUCCAUUGUUGGUAUUGUGUCCAAGAUAAUUUCACUCGCUCCAAUAUAUAUAUUUGCACGUACUGACGUUUUAACAUAUUCCUUUUACGGUAUAAGAUCAAUGUCGUUGUAAAGGGUACUAUUUUUUACUCUCCGUAACACGAUUAUAAGACGCAUAUGAGUUAGUAUCAACUUUAUCUCUCUAAUUCAGGAUAUAAUUGACAUCAGCAAGCGCGUAUUAGUGCACCGCAUAAUCCUCUCUCAGUAAAAUAGUUUAAAUGUGUUGUUACGUCGUUUUAUCAGUGCUUGUUAGUGUCACCUUUGCGUAACGACUUGGUAGUGUGUUAGGCUGAAAACGAUAAUCCGAAGGUUUUCACCGGAUAGUUUCUCAGAAUAUUAUAGUGCAGUUCUACUCAAGUAAUAUAUGCACGUGUCACAUGACGUUUUAGGCGAUAUCAAAGUUGAUGGGUGUCACGCGCCUUCAGACAUGUAAAGUAACGCGCGGUGGUCACCCAUCCAGCUACUGACCACGCUGCUGAAAUAGUGAGCGUGUCCCCGGGUUGUACCGCAUCACUGGAAAAGCUAACUUAUCAGUAAAGCAGUAUUUUCCCCACUAGCAUUCCUUGGCUGUAGUCUGUCUAUUUGUAUAUGCUAAUUUGGUAAGUUUUUGUAUGUAAGGCCACAAAAUAGAUAGGUUCAUAUCAAAAUUAUGACUAUCUUACUCAUGGGUGGAUUCGCUGAGUGUUUAACACUCCGGACUCUACGCAGGCGGCCAGGGUUCGAUCCCUAAAGUCAUCGUACGCAUUGAAACUCCAACAACCCAGCUGGAAUAUAAAACUGUUCCAGGAGGGUGUUGUGUUAUCUGUACUGUAGCAAAAAUAUGCCGUUGGAAGCAAGGUCCCUCUACAAACAGAAACCAUUACAUCUCUAGCACACACGCAGGAAUACACACAUAUUGAGAUAUCAGCCAGGUGGCAUGGGACUUGUAGUUAUCGCCUUAUAAGGCAGAUCCAGCAUUUUUUUCAAAACUGUAUUGAUUUAUGUAUUUUUUAAUGUAUUUUUAAUUCUAUUGAUUGUAUUAAUUUCAUAUCUAUGUAUUGUGAAGGGCUUGAGCGUGGCUUAUUCUAGCUAGAUAGGAUGGAUGCUGUAUCAAAUGUUGUAUAAUUAUGUUUUGUCCGCCGCUUUCACCGAAACGGGGGAUAUUAAUUUGGGUUUGUCCGUCUGUGUGUCUGUCACGCUUCGUUUCAUUGCAAUAACUAAAAGAAAUGUUCACCGAAUUUCUUCAAACUUGGUCACGGGGUUAAAUGCCUUAAGGGCUCGGCCAAGUUCGAUGACCAUUUUCAACCUACAAUUUGUCCUUUGUCCUACCAGCGGGGGAUAUACAUUCCACGAAUUUGCUUGUUUUAUUAUAUGUUUAGAUAAUUUGUAUCUUAUCAAGGAUGUUUUUGCACUUACUAGCUAUAUCUACUUUCGCAUUUUUGUGAACCAAAGCGAUUUAAAUAUGACGUAACGACUUCAGCUUGAGUCACAGGUAGAUAAUGUAAAUCUACAAAAACCUGUAUCACAAAUGGUAAUAUUAGCGGGGAUACGUCUUAUUUUAAUCAUCAUAAUCAUUUGAUUUUAUGUGCACACUUAUUUUGAAAUCUUAUAUGCUUAUAAAUGGAUGGAUUAUAUA